AAAUGCAAUAAAGCUAGUGGCAACAUGUACGCGUAUGGUUCGUAUGUUUGGCGUGCGAUUCGGCAACGUUCCCAUUUUAACCAAGGACAUUAGACAAAACGACCUUUAAUCUGUUUGUCAGACUUGUAAGAAUUUGUAUGCCAAGAGCAUAACGCCAGUCAUUCGAAGUUGGUGUUCUGGAAACGUAAUAUUUUUCUUAAUCUCUACCAUGGCAGUCGUAUAUAGUGCAUCGAAAUUAUUUGUUGGGCGAAUCCAGGGUUUUUCUAGAAUAGCAGCAUCCUGCGCGAAAUAUGCCAGCACCAGUACAGCAUCCAGUUAUGAGUUUAUUGUCUUAGAGACAAAGGGGGAGAAGAAGAAUGUUGGACUUAUUACAUUAAACAGGCCUAAAGCUCUGAAUGCACUGUGUGAUGGCUUGAUGAGAGAGGUUGGUGAUGCAGUGGAUAAGUUGGAAAAUGAUGAUAGUGUUGGGGCUCUUGUCAUUACCGGAAGUGAAAAAGCAUUUGCUGCAGGAGCCGACAUAAAGGAAAUGCAAAAUAACACCUUUUCAAAGAAUAUAAGAGGGAGUUUUCUGAGCCAUUGGAAUCGAAUUGCUUCGUGCAAGAAGCCCGUAAUAGCAGCUGUCAACGGAUAUGCCUUGGGAGGAGGAUGUGAAUUGGCCAUGAUGUGCGACAUCAUUUAUGCAGGAGACAAGGCUAAGUUUGGGCAACCAGAGAUUGCGAUAGGAACAAUCCCAGGUGCGGGUGGCACCCAGCGGUUGCCACGAUACAUUGGCAAGUCCAAGGCUAUGGAGAUAGCGCUCACAGGAGUUCCUAUAACAGCACAGGAGGCUGAGAAAGCGGGGCUUGUGAGCAAAGUCAUUCCAGCUGAUCAGCUUGUGGCGGAAGCAGUGAAACUUGGAGAAAAAAUCUCAUCACAUUCCCAACUGAUUGUUGCUCUUUGCAAAGAAUCUGUUAAUACAGCAUUUGAAACUCCAUUACAGGAAGGACUUCAUUUUGAAAAGAGAAUAUUCCAUGCUACAUUUGCUACUGAAGAUCGUAAGGAAGGCAUGGCUGCAUUUGUUGAGAAGCGUUCGCCAAAUUUUACCGGUAACUGAAGCGCAGAUAUUGAGAAUGAACUGUACGGAACACCAAGUUUGUUCGUAAUGUGGCAUUAUAUGUACCUUGAAUGAACGCAAGAAUGAAAAUAGGUUGAACUAACACAGAAUAAACAACUCUAUUAAGGUUUUGUAUUAUUUUGAGAGAAGACUUUUUGAUUCUGAAACUUUGUAUGUAUAACUUUAACUCUUAUAUAAAGCAACUGCUCAUACUAA